AUGAGUUUUUCAUUUGGAUUCUCUGGGAGUGAUUAUAAUGAUGAGAUUGAAUAUGAUGCAAAUGUCGAGAAUAUAUCAUCUUUAAAUAAGUAUACUGAUAAUGGAACCAAUAACAUACAAUCUAAUUUUAUCAAUCCUUUAGAUUCUGAUCAUCUUUUGAAGGAUCCAGUUGUUCAAGCACAAAUUGAAAAUUACCAACAAUUUCUAGAAUCCUUGAAAGAUGUAAGGUUAACGUUUGAAAAAAUUUAUACACCAGAAACAAAAACAGAGCUAUUUAGACGUGAAUUAUUUGAUAUAAAACACCAAUUAAUGACAGAAUAUGAUACUAACAGUGAAGAAAAUGACGCUAAUAAUCUGAAGUUGGAUAUACUGAUUAAUGAAGAUUUGAAAAAAAAUGUUUAUGAAGGUGGAUUAAAAUCAUGGGAAUGCUCUAUCGACGUAGUUGAUUCCUUUGCUAAAAAAAAUCACGAUCAAACUUUGUUACCUAAUUUAAAUUUUAAUAAGAUCAAAUAUAUAGUAGAAUUGGGUUGUGGUACUUCACUUCCAACCGAAUAUAUUUUCAUGCAAUAUCUUCUACAGACAAAUGAUUCCUUUGCCACUCCUUCAAAUCAUGGUAUCCAUUUCAUUCUAGCUGACUACAAUUCAAGUGUUUUAAGAUUAGCUAGUUUACCAAAUCUAAUUAUCACAUGGGCAAUGUUGACAUUAUCCAAGGAUCAAUGGACUGACCUACAGAGAUGUAAUGAUCCAAAUAUUCCGAUAUUAGACGAUGAAUUGUUAUUAACUAAUAAAUUACUUGACACUUUCUAUAAUGAUAUGGAGAGAAGGAACGUAAAAAUAAGUCUAAUUUCAGGAUCUUGGGGUCGUAAAUUCAAUCAGUUGUUAUAUACUUUAAUUGAUGUUAACAGCAAUGAAGAAAUUUUACUCAUUACAUCAGAAACUAUUUAUCAACCAGAAAAUUUACCAUUGAUUUCUGAAACUUUGAUCGACGUACAUGAGAAAUUCCUUAAUCAAAAUCAUAUUUUGGUAGCUGCCAAAGACAUCUAUUUUGGCGUGGGAGGUAGUAUAUUAGAUUUCCAAAAAUAUUUGAUCGAUAGAAAUAUCAAUUUUGUUACAUUUAAAAUAAACGCUGGUUUAAAAAGAUCAAUAGUAUAUAUAUAG